ACAUCGACAUUAAGAAGAUAACAUCUAUGAAGAUAACCAAAGCAAUAGUCAAGGUAUAUUUUUCGCUCGAGAAAAACCUGCGAAAUGAUGAUCUCUUUGCAAAUGAACAAAUUUUUGUUGCCCAUGAAAGCUCAUUACUUUCUUUUUAAUGCUGGAACGGCUUCUGUGGUUCCGUUUAUGACUGUUUAUGCGAAACAGUUGCGUUUUUCUAGUGUUACCGUAGGAAUUAUUUACACAAUACUAGCUAUUGCGGGGAUGCUAGCUAAAACAAUUAUAGGAGGUGUUGCAGACAAAUAUCAGUGUAAAAAAGUAAUAUUUUUAAGCAGUAUUAUGGCAACCGGUUUGUCCUUUUUGCUUAUGAACUUUAGUAAAAGUAUCCCUACCCAGCAAAAAAUGAGAUUUGCGUGCGACUAUGGCAGUUCUGUAAUGGACACAUGUGUUAAUAACUUCAAUAUAACAGACGAAUGUGCAGUCGAAAUGAUCACCUCAGAAACAGCUUCUACUGUUACUUGCAAGCUGUUUUGUGAAAUUAACAAUCAAAUAAGAAAUACUGUUUGCAAUUCGUGGAAUGUUACUGAAUACUGCAAAGAAAAUUCGACAGAACUUUUGUCGUUUUCUGCGGAUAUUUCUAUGCGUCAUACGGAAAAAUUGGGUGAUUGUGUUAUUUUUAGAAUAGAUAGUGUUCAGUUUGCCAAUCGACAAGUUUUAUAUCCCUAUUGCCCCCGUGAUAAUUCUAUCCAAACGGUUUGCGAUAUUGAUUGCGAUUCCUUCGCUGUCAAUGAUUUAGUGCGUGUACCUACUAUUAAAAUGAGUUACGUUUAUAGCACGGAUUCUUUUUGGGUAUUGUUAACUUUUUUUUCACUCACAUGGAUAAGCCAAGCUGUUGUUGUUAGUAUAGGGGAUGCUAUAUGUUUUGAAAUGUUGGGUGACAAGCCUAAUAAAUAUGGUUAUCAACGAUUGUGGGGCGCUCUGGGUUGGGGCAUUUUAUCUGUUCUAGCCGGCUACUUAAUAGACUUUUCUAGUGAAGGAUUGGGUUAUAAGAACUACACGCCAGUGUUUGUUCUCGGAUUUAUUAUACUUUUAAUUAAUUUUAUAAACUCUUACUUUAUAAAGUAUCAGCAAAGGCACAUAUCGUCUAAUCUUUUACAAGACAUAAGUAUGGUUGUUACGAAUUUGAGGGUCGUUGUUUUCAUGUUUUGGUGUACGUUUGUGGGAAUGUGCACCGGUUUGGUUUGGCACUUUUUGUUGUGGUUUAUUGAAGAUUUAGCCAAGGUUCGUGGUUGUGACUCUCAUGAAUGGAUCAAAACCUUACAAGGACUGAUAAUGGGUAUACAGUGCCUUUUUGGGGAAUUGCCGUUUUUCUUUCUUUCCGGUUGGAUUUUAAAACGAAUAGGUCACGUGAACACGAUGAGUUUAAUACUUCUAGCAAUUGGAGUGCGAUUUACAUUGUAUUCAUUUAUCUCAAAUCCAUGGUGGUUCUUACCCAUAGAAAUUAUGAAUGGCCCCACGUUCGGGCUAAGUUACGCAACGAUGGCUUCGUACGCAAGCAUCGCAGCACCACCCGGAACUGAAGCCACCAUGCAAGGUUUGGUUGGAGCCGUAUUUGAAGGAGUGGGCGUAAGCUUAGGUAGUUUUUUGGGCGGAGUACUUUUUCAAAGUUACGGUGGAGCGAUUGCGUUUCGUAUAUUGGGUAUGACAGCGUUUAUAAUGAGUCUAGUACACGCUGGGGCAGCGUUCUGGUUAGCAAAGUGCGAUGUACGAGGUAAAGAUAUGUUUGCAAGAUAUGCUGCGCCCCAAGAUGCAUUGCAAAUGGUAGAGAGCAGACAAGAUGUAGUGCAAUAAUGAAUGUAAUGAUGCAUUAAUCGGGAUAAUUAUACAAUUUUUAGCACACCAAGGGUUAGAAUAUGAAAAUAAAAUUACUUAUCUGUGAUCGUACUACAGAUAGAAGACUUAA